AUGUUUGCAAGAGUAUUGACUGUUGCAGCUUGCUUCGGCUUGGCAGCCGCCCAAACGGUGACGCUCCAGGCUGAGUCAGCAGCCCUUUCCGGAGUCACUACUGCUACUGCCGUUUCGGGAUACACUGGUUCUGGUUACGUCGAGGGUUUCUCUGAUACUACCGACAAAAUCACUUUUACCGUCAACUCCACAGAAGCAAAACUCCAUAACUUGAAUAUUAUCUACAACGGCCCCAACGGCGACAAACAAACCCUCGUUGUCCUCAAUGGCGCUGGCGGCUCCCAAGUUGCGCUCCCCGCAACCACAAACUGGACAACAGUCAGCGCAGGCCAAGUCCUACUGAACGCGGGAUCAAAUACCAUUGAGAUCCAGAGCAACUGGGGCUGGUACCUUGUCGAUGCCAUCACCCUUGUGCCAGCGACACCGCGCGGUCCGCACAAAAUCACAACUAAGCCCGUCAAUUCAAAAGCGUCAGCAACUACGAAGGCGCUGUUGGGGUACCUAGGGAGUAUCUACGGCAAGCACAUUCUCAGUGGCCAACAAGACCAAACCAGUCUCGAGUGGGUAGAAGCCAACGUCAACAAAACGCCUGCGAUCCUAGGUCUCGAUUUCAUGGACUACACUGAAGGCCGCAUUGCCCAUGGUGCGUCUUCCAAUGAAACCUUCAAGGCACUCGCCCACCACAAACGCGGUGGUAUCGUCACGUUCUCCUGGCAUUGGAAUGCACCGGCGGGUCUGUACGAUAACGAGACGGCCCCAUGGUAUUCGGGUUUCUACACGUAUGCCUCAGACUUCAAUAUCGCGACCGCUUUGAAAGAUACGACGAACGCAAACUACACACUCCUGAUGAAGGAUAUCGACACCAUUGCUAUGCAGCUAAAGAAACUGCAGACCUCGGGCGUAACCGUACUGUGGCGACCGCUUCACGAAGCAGAGGGAAAGUGGUUUUGGUGGGGGGCGCAGGGACCAGAGCCGGCCAAGAAGCUGUAUCGUAUUAUGUAUGAGAGGUUGACGGUCAAGCAUGGCCUGAACAAUUUGGUUUGGGUCUGGAACUCGAUCGCACCGACGUGGUAUCCUGGAAACGACGUAGUUGACAUAGUAUCGGCUGAUACAUAUGCCGAAGGCGACCACGGUCCUCAAUCUGCGACGUACAACAACCUUCUCACCCUCACCAAUGACACGAAAAUUAUUGCCGCAGCGGAGAUUGGAUCAAUGAUGCAACCCGCACAACUGAAGGCGUAUCAGGCAGACUGGGCGUACUUUAUGAUUUGGACAGGUGAAUACAUCGAUGGAGGAAAGUGGAAUAGUCUGGAGCUGCUGAAACAGGUGUUCAAUGAUCCAUAUGUCCUGAAUCUGAACGAUAUCAAGGGCUGGAUGUCUUUCAAGGGUUGA